UAUUUGAUUUUUUUUCCCUCUCUGAUAACGCAAAUCCGGGGGCUUUCGGAAGCGGCCGAGCGGACGCCCCAUCCCGCUUCCCACCGGCGCGGCGCCAAAAGAGGCCGGUUUGGGGUAACUCGUCGCGCGUCCCCGGAGGUAAAACAUGCUAAAAUAUCCCGUUUUUUUUUCCCGUUUCCAGACGCUGCGGCGCUGCUACAGCCGCGUGAAGGAGCACGGCGUGGGCAAGCGGAAAAGCAGCUACACCUUCGAGCAGCUGGAGCAAGUGUUCGGCCAGGGCGGCUGGGAUGCGCAGCCCUGCCAGCCCGUCCUCAUCAACAGCUCCGGCCUCUACCAGGAGCUCGAAUCCGACGGCAGCACCAUGGAGGAGUAUUCCCAGGAGGACUGGGGCAACCACAGCCAGGAGCUGCACUGCUACCCGACGGGCGAGCAGGAGCUGGACGAGAUGCCCACCACGAAGCGGACGCUGAAGAUCAAGCAGGAAUCUUCGGAAGACUCGCAGAAGCGGGACUCGAUGCAGAACAUCGUGCGGAUCCUGGAGUCGGUGCAGCUCAAGUGGGAGCUCUUCCAGAGCUGGACGGACUUCUCCCGCCUCCACCUCUCCAACAAACUGGCCAUUUUCGGCAUCGGCUACAACACGCGCUGGAAGGAGGACAUCCGCUACCACUACGCCGAGAUCAGCUCCCAGGUGCCGCUGGGCAAGCGCCUCCGGGAAUAUUUCAACUCGGAGAAGCCGGAGGGCCGCGUCAUCAUGACGCGGGUGCAGAAGAUGAACUGGAAGAACGUCUACUACAAGUUCCUGGAGAUCACCAUCAGCGAGGCGCGCUGCUUGGAGCUGCACAUGGAGAUCGACUGGAUCCCCAUCGCCCACUCCAAGCCGUCCGGCGGCAACGUGGUGCAGUAUUUGCUUCCCGGCGGCAUUCCCAAAAGCCCCGGCUUGUACGCCAUCGGCUACGAGGAGGCUCCCGCCGAAGGCGCUUCCGAGGGGGACGCGGCCGCGCGGCCGCCCGCCGAGGCGCCCCGGAUCGUCUACUGUUAUUUGGGAAUCGCCGAGGGGCGGACGCUGCAGCAGUGCCUCUUCCUGCACUUCCAAGCCAACGGCAAGAGCCUGGGAAAGGAGUGGGGCGGCGUCAACGGCUUCUUGUCGCAGAACUGCCUCGUGGAGCCCGGCGUCUCGCCCCGCUCCGUCUACAUCAAAUUCGUGGAAGUGGAGAGGGAUUUUCUCUCGGCCGGCUCGCUGGUCGAGUGCCUGGAAAAAGCCAUCGGCUACCCCUUGAAGUUCAACAACUGACGGGCUUCCCGGCGGGAGCGCGGCGCCCUUUUCCGGGCGGCAAAGCCGGCGGACUUUGGCGAGGGGGGGGAAAAGAAACCCCCCGCCAACGGGAUGCUCCGAGCCGGCAUCCCGGCGCUUUUCCGUACCGGCUCCUCGGUACAUUCCACAUGGGACAGAACUUUAUUUUGUUUUUUCCCCCCCUUUUU